AUGGCUGCAAGACUAUAUGCUGUUAUUACCUUAGCCGUUGUAUUAUCUGCUAUUCAUAUAACCACGGCUUCGGAUUUUAUCAUUUUCAACGAUGCUUCUACUUCUUCAGCGAUUAAUUGCGGUGAUGAUUAUGCCAUGGCGGGUGCCUUUUGGUCUAAAUGCCAACAUUACGCAAGUUUUGAUGAUUGCGUCUUUAAGCGCCGAAAGAGAAACAUCAUUGAUACAUGGCGUAAUGGCAGAAAUUCAUUGAACGAAAGAAACGAUCUUGAUUCGGCAUUAGAAGCCAAGACAUUCUUGCGCCAUACACGUCCACAUAAACGAUCUGGAAUCCUCCUAGCAGUCAAAUCACAAUGUUGCCAAGGCUCUACUGGAACAGUUCAAUGUUCAGAAUCCAAUAUGGAACAAAUGUGUACAUCUUCGUAUAAAGAUGAUACUUAUGCUGAAGCUUUGGCAAUUGGUUGCAACUUUCUUGCCCAAAAUAUGUUUUAACAGACUAUUGGCAUCCAUCAUUUCAAAGUUGAUAACAUGACAAUUCAGCGAGCAGAACUAUCCACUAUUUUCUCCCUGUAACGGCAGUCAGCAACCAAAUGUAGUUACUUAUCAAAUUUAACAAUCACACAAAAUGUAUCAUUUAAAAUGCGUCAAAAUGAUCCAGCAGAC